GUCAUGAAACUUCUGCUAGCUUGUCCCUUCUGUCACCAGGUAGGAGGAAGUCCUUGUCCGCCCAAAGACAUAUUAAAACUUAAUAAAAACCUGGAUCAGGAUUGAAACUUAAUAUGGACUCGAAUAGAGCACUUCCAACGACAGCAACUGAAGGUGCCUCUGGAUCCGAAGAAGAGACCAAGAAGAAAGCAGCAGCAGCCGCAGCAGCAGCCAAGGCAGCCAAUCGUUUGCCUGAGAUCCGGCUGGUGGUGCUGGGCUGGAGGUGGCCCGGGAAGAGCCUGACAGGAAACACCAUCAUUGGCCGUGAGGAGUUUCGCUUGGAGCGAGCGGCCGAGUUCUGCGUUAAAAGACAGACUGAAGUGGAGGAGCGGCAGGUAACUGUGGUGGACACUCCAGGCUGGUUCUCCGCCCAGGAUACACCACCCUCCUAUAAACAAGAGAUAGUGAGGGGGGCUUCUCUUUGCCCUCCAGGUCCACAUGCCUUCCUGCUGGUCAUCCCAGUGGGAAUGUUCACAGAGGUGGACCGUGCUCGAAUUGAGGAGCACGUAAGCCUCUUUGGUGAGCGAGUGUGGAAGCACACCAUUGUGGUUUUCAGCUGGGCCGAGGUGUUGAGGACCAUCUCAAUUGAGAGAUACAUCCGCAGAGAGGGCAAGGAUUUGCAGUGGGUGCUGGAAAAGUGUAAGCGAAGAUACUUUGUCAUUAACAACUGCAUAUUUGGGGAGCACCCCCAGGUGGGACGCUUGCUGGAGAAAAUAGAAAAGCUGGUGGCAGAGGAAGGAGGCUUCUACAACCCAGAGGAGGUGGAGAAAGAGAAGAAACCUGUGGAUGAGAAUCAGAAUCAAGCCAGAGAGGGGCGGGAGCUGGGGGCAAGACCCAAACAGAACUCUGGACUGGGUUUGUCUAAAGCAAUGGAGGUGGACUCGCUUUCCAACUAACAAGACCCUCCUGCUGACGGCCCCCUCUGUAUGCCACCUAAAGGAACCUCUGUACUGACGGCAAUGCAUGGAAUCUGACAAGAAACAAAAAAAAGGGCAAUUACCAGAAAUUUGCUGAAUGUAAAAAAAAGUGAUUAAUUUUAUUUAUUUUUUAAAUCAGACAUGUUAAUGAGUGUUUUUGGUUGUGUGCCUUUAUGAUGCUGUUUCUUUUCACUGUAAUGAUAUUUGAGGCGUUUUCUUUUCAUGCUGUCCAAAACGACCCUUUUGUAAGAAAUGAUAUUUUCUCAGCUUUCUGACAGUGUUGUGAUGGUUGUUUGUUGGAACAGAUUUAAUGUAAACUUUAGUAAGAGAGUAAAAGCUGUUACACAGGUAGCCGUUGUUUUUUAGCCCAGUGUGUCCACUCCUUAGUCAUAGGCCUCUGACAGAGAUGCACUACUAAACUGUUAUGAUGUUCUGUCAGUGACUUUUCAGGGAAUUGCUUUUAUGAUAAUUCCCAUUUGUUGUGACCAAACUGUAAAUGCUCCUUUCAUGUUGUAUUGCUUAUCACACUUUGAGUGUACAGUCAUAAAGCACUGAAAAAUAAUUUGAUUUUCUCUGUGACUGACUUCAUAAAAUGACUUUCAGCUUAAA